GAGCCCGCAGGCCGGGAACUUCGGCCCUGAGCUGACCGGCUCCUGUGCGGAGUGCUGCUCCCAGUCCUUGCCGGCCUCCGGAGAUCCUGUGUGGUGAGGUGGCAGCGGGCCGCCCGGACCCUCCUCCCAGAUGAGCUGGGUCCCGCUGCUCGUGCCCGGAGAUUGGGAGGCCAGACCCUGCCUGUGUCCCCAGGACCCCCUCCUGGCGCCGGUCCACACGAGCCACCGCCUCUUCCUGGAAGGCCUCACGUCAACACAGCUGCAUGCCUGCUGCGCAUGCAGGGGGCUCCCCGAGACCGCUGGGGACAGAGGUCAGGGGGGCUCCCCGAGGCCUCCGGCUGGGGACAGAGGUCGGCGGGGCUCCCCGAGGCCGCUGGGUACAGAGGUCAGGGGGGCUCCCCGAGGCCUCCGGCUGGGGACAGAGGUCAGGGGGGCUCCCCGAGGCCUCUGGCUGGGGACAGAGGUCGGCGGGGCUCCCCGAGGCCGCUGGGGACAGAGGUCAGGGGGGCUCCCCGAGGCCUCCGGCUGGGGACAGAGGUCGGCGGGGCUCCCCGAGGCCUCUGGCUGGGGAUAGAGGUCGGCGGGGCUCCCCGAGGCCGCUGGGGACAGAGGUCGGCGGGGCUCCCCGAGGCCGCUGGGGACAGAGGUCAGGGGGGCUCCCUGAGGCCUCCGGCUGGGGACAGAGGUCAUUUAAAUCCUAUCGCUCCACUUGGCCCCCUGGCUCCAGAGAAUGCUGGCAUCAGCCGUCGAAGUCACACGAGACCAGAAACGGCAUUCGUGGCCUGAUCUUCACCGCGCGUGUCAUGAGCCAGAGGCUUCUUGCCCCCGUGGUGGCGCUUGAAGAUCUGGGGACAGCGCCCCGGGACAAGCUGCACUGGGUAUUUUUGGGUCCCCGGCGGCCGCCAGGCUGCGAGGAGGAGGUGUCCCCAGCAGAAUCCACGUCAGACUUGCCCUGGGCAGGAGGGCGAGGCCGGGGGUGUUUCCGGGAGAAGGGGCCCCGGAGGUUACGCUGGGGUGCAGGCUGGACACGGGGACUCCCCACCGCCCUGGGCCCGGCCGGAGCCCGUGUCCCUGUGGCUCACCUCCCCGGGGCGAGGGAGCACGAGCCCCUUGGCCCCGCCCCCCCAACAUCGGCUCACCUGCUGCGCAGUCCGGGCUGGGCCGACCGAGACCGUGGGUCUGAGGACAAGGGGGCGUUAGCGUUUUCGUGUUGGUGACGACUCCGUCUUAAAGAUCCUGUGGUCGGAGAAGACGGGACAAACAGGCAGAGAGGGACCGACGCGGGGCGUGGCUGACCACAGUGAACAGACCCCACCGACCCCCGGGUGCCCUCAGGGAUGGGACAGAAGGCCCGAGAAGACCCUCAGACCACCCCUCACGACGGAGACUCGCCACCCAGGAAGGAACCCCUGGCCCCCAGAGUCCUCGGCCAGUAAGGAGGACCAGGACCUGUGAGCGGGGACCCUCGCCCGCUGCCACCGGCGGUCCCUCCCAGUGUCCCCUCGUGACAGGGCUUCCCUGCCAUCUGUCCGAGCUCCUGCUGUCACUCCCUCCUGCCGCUGCCUCUUGGGGGCCUCUCCGCGUUCUUCGAGGCCGCGGGACGGGACCCCGGGUGCUGUGGGGAAACACCUGCAUCAACUCCUCACACAGAUUGAUCUCAAAAGUGGUUAUGCUUUCAUUUUUGUUCUUUCUUUAAUUUGGAGGCAUUUUAAAA